AUGGGUCAAGUCAUUCUCCCAGCCCUUAUUCCAGAUAUUCGUCGCAUCUAUGAUGUGUACUUUUCUGCCUUUGAGCACGACCUAAUGGGUCAGAUCAUGCUCAAAAUUCUUUUCCCGGGCGCGCAAAUCACCGAUGAUGAGUUUAGAAAAGGACACGCUGCCGGGACCUUGCAAUACUGGCAUAGCAGUGACAACCAAUACACGCUCAAAUGUGUCGACACAUCCACAGGCGAAAUUAUCGGCAUGGGCCUUGGUGAUGUCUAUCUUCGGGAGCGGUCUCCGGAAGAGCGCAAAAACCAUGGAGUUCCGUGGUUGGAGGGAGAACACCGGGAACGAGCCGAGAAGGUCCUCAACCCCCUGUGGGAAAUGAGAGAGAGGCUCUUCGGUGGGCGGCCAUACAUCUACUGCCACGUUAUUGCGGUGGAUCCUCAGCAUCAAGGACGCAAGGCGGGACAGCUCCUGGUUCAGUGGGGUAUGCAGAUGGGCGAGCUGGCCGGAUUGCCUCUGUACUUUGAGUCAUCUCCCUCGACAGUGAACUUGUACAAGAAGAUGGGAUUCGAGUUGCUGCCAGAAAAGAUUGUUCACAAGGCCGAGGUACUCGGAACGGAAAAGGACAUCGAAGUGCCCCUCAUGGUGAAAAUGCCGUCUGUUGCAGGAGGCGUAACUUUUCAGGAAUGGCGUCAAAAAGGAUACCCUGGGUUUUCUAAGGAUGCCUUGCCUGUCCCUGUGGCUGCCGUCUAG